CAAUUUGCGAAUAACUUGUCUACAAUAGCGUUACGUGACACUGACUUGCAUUUCACAAGGCUUAUUUUUGCAAAUUCACACAAUAUUAUGGUUACAGCUAUUUAUAUAUACCUUACUGAAUUAAUGUAAAGACAAACGGACGAUUAUGCUCAAUACAAUGGACCAAUUCAUUAAUACAAUUCAAUAGUUACCUAACCAAACCUUACGUAGAUUUUGAAACGUCAAGUUCUACAGAAAAUUUCUAGUGAUUGAACUCACUUUUUCAUUACGUCAUUAUCAACUGAUAGCACAAUAGAACACGAAUAUCCUGAACUUAAGCAGAAAACAUGAAGUGGUUUAAAGGUAGCAUCAAUGAAGCAGUGGCAACAUCAAAAUCAAGGAAAGCAAUUUUUGUCGUUUUCAUUGAAGGUAAAGAUGACACAUCUGCACAAGUCGCUGAAGCAAUCAAUGCUACAGAAGUUUCUUGCCGCUUGGAACAGGAAGAUUUUGUAGCAAUUCGAUUGGAAAGUGGAUCUGAAACCUACAGAUUCUUUGCUCAGAUUUAUCAACUGGUACCUGUACCAUCCCUAUUCUUCAUUGGUGAAAAUGGUGCACCUUUGGAAAUUAUUGCUGGCACCACAACAGCAGCUGAUUUAGCUACUAAAAUUGACUUAGUUUUAACAAAAGUAGGAAAAAAUAAAAAUGCAUCUGUCAAUCUGAUAGAUGCAGAACAAAAAGCUACUGUGGCCAGUUGUGCUACUGAUGCUAAUAUGAAAAUUGACGUAGAUAAAAAUAAUGAUAACAUACCAAAAUCAAGCAGAGAAGCACCAUUAACUCAAGCUACAUCAGAGGAUAAGGAUAAUAAUGUAAUUAAGAACGAUAUUAAGGAAGAACCAUCCACAAGCUUAAAAACUAGCGAACCAUCAGAACCAGUCAAUGAAACAAAGGAGACACCUACUAAAGAACUAACACCAGAAGAAAAACUAAAAAAAGCACAACAGCUAAUAGAAUUACAAAGAAAACAGCGUAUCGAAGAGGAGGAAAUGAAAAAUAGACAAAGUGAAAUAGAACGUCGUAAAAUCGGUCGUGACAUACAAAAAAUGCGGCAAAAACAGCAGGAUCUAGAAAUGAAACAAGCUUACGAAGAGAGAAUGAAAGAGAGAGCUGCUGAUGCAGCAGCUCGGGAGAAAGUUUUACAACAAAUUGCUCAGGAUAAAUUAGAGAGAAAACAAAAAGAAUUAGCAAUGCAGCAGCAACAAGGACAACAACAAGGACAGCAACAAAGUCAACAACAAAGUAAUAACUCAGAACCAUCUGAACCAUCGAUAUCUACGGCAACUGUCAGUAGAAUACAAUUCCGAUUGCCAUCUGGCAAUCCUUAUAUCGCGCAGUUUGAACCAUCAAGUACUUUGCGUGAUUUGCGUACUUACGUUGUUCAGAAUAUUAAUUUACCAUUCCGUCAAUUUGCGAUGUCUACCUCCUUUCCAAGACGGGAAUUAAUGCAUGAAGAUGAUGAUAAAACUCUUUUAGAAUUGGAACUGGUUCCUACAGCAGUUAUCCUAAUCCUGCCUUUGAAAAACUCGACCGUUACAACAACUGUGACAUCUACACAAGAUGUUGGUAUUUUACCACGGUUCGUUUGGUCCACUUUUUCAAUUUUCACAGCUGUGUACUAUUACGUGAUAGGAUAUUUUACCGGAGGUACACGCAAUAAAACACCGAAAAAACCAAAUAACUCUACUGAAAAUAACGAUUCAGAAGACAAAGCAGCUGGUACAGUUAAAAAUCUUCAGAAUGUUGCCAGUUCAUCAGGUUUGGUUAGAAGAUAUUUGGGUAAUCAAGGAAGUACAACCAUCAAAACUGAAGGAAAUGUACAUAGACUACAAUCAGGUGGGGAUGAUAAUGAUGAGAAUAAUACAUGGAAUGGUAAUUCAACGCAACAAAUGUAGAUUAUUAUAAAUCAAUAAAGUUCUAAUGAGCUUUACUUUGUUUCACUAAUCAGAAUUUUAGAUAUGCAACAGAAACGAUAUCUUCGAUAAAAAGUAUAUUUUAUUAAACUUUUAUAUCUUUCUGUUCUGUCGCACUGCAAUUAAGUGUUACGUUACAAUCACGAUAUCAAUUAUCAAUUACGAUAACACGUUAGGUACGAAUCAUUUUAUUUAAACAGGAAAGUUUACUUAUCACCUUAUUAAAUAUUAAAUCGAUAAUAUACUUUAAUAAGUUGCAAAUGAUAUAAGGACCAAACGCAGUUUUCCAACUACUAUAUGACAGAUAAGCAUACAUCCUGAAAAGGAUAUGGAAUAUACAUCCUUAUAUUCGUAGUACGAGUAUUGAACUUAUUAUGGGUUUUAAGUUAUAUUAUACAUGCUUUGAGAUUUCCUCUUAAAAUAAAAAUUAUUUUGUUCUAUCACAUUAAUCAAAGUUACGAUAUAUUUUCGAGUAACAAGAAUUGUACUAAGAAUAGUGAUCACGUUACGUUUUAUUUUAC